AUGGCAUUCAAGAACAAUCUCUUAGUGUGCACCCCAUUAGAGUGUGAAACAGUAGGAGAAAUGCUGUCUUCCAUGAAGCGAGCAGAGGCUGAAGGUGCAGAUCUUACCGAGCUCCGCCUUGACUCCUUGUCAUUCUCUCACGUUUCUCAGGUUGAGAAGCUCAUUAAACGCAGAACUUUGCCUUCUAUAGUUUCUUUCAGGCUCAAAUCAUCGAGGAUCUCAAGCAACAAAGACAGGAAGAAUACAUGUUUACAAGUACUGGGACUGGCUUUCGACUUGAACGUCGAGUUUGUUGAAAUGGACUAUGAGGUGGCUUCUGAUAAUGUCAUGUCUGACUAUGUGUACAACCGUUCCAAUACCAAAUUAAUUGUAUCCAGCUACGUUAAUGGUAGGAAACCUUCAGCUGAGGAACUUGGUUAUUUAAUCGCUUGUAUGCAAUCUACUGGAGCUGAUGUUCUUAAGCUAGUAAUUGACGUUGAAAAAAUCACAGAUUUGGCACCUGUUUUUACGAUGCUUACACAUUGUCAGAUCCCCUUAAUUGCUCUUGCAGUUGGCAGUAGAGGACUUAUAUGUCAGUUGCUGGGGCCAAAAUUCGGUGGGUUUUGCGUCUAUGGAUCUCUGAGUGACAAAGCAGUACCAGGCAUGCCAACUUUGUUGAGUCUUAGACAAGUUUAUAAGCUUGAAUACAUAAAUGCAGAAACAAAAGUAUUUGGUCUCAUUUCAAAUCCAGUUGGCCACAGUAAAGGUCCUAUCCUGCACAAUCCUGCAUUUAGACAUACUGGAUAUAAUGGAAUUUAUGUUCCAAUGCAAGUGGACGACGUCGAAGAGUUCUUUAGGACCUAUACGAGCAGUGACUUCGCGGGUUUCAGCGUUGGAAUCCCACAUAAGGAAGCAGUAGUAGGGUGCUGUGAUGAAGUCCAUCCAGUUGCCAAGUCCAUAGGAGCUGUAAAUACUAUAGUAAGGAGGCCUACUGAUGGGAAGCUGGUUGGUUAUAAUACAGACUGCGACGCUUCUAUCUCUGCUAUAGAGGAUGCUCUCAGAGAAAGGCAGACUACCCACAAGGGAGUGUCGGAAGCUUUGCCUCUAUCUGGGAAAACUUUUGUGUUGAUUGGAGCAGGAGGAGCAGGAAGAGCCCUUGCUUUUGGGGCCAAAAGUAGAGGGGCUCGGGUUAUUAUUUUCAAUCGCAACUUUGACAGAGCAAAGGCUCUUGCAAAGGCAGUUUCAGGGGAAGCUCUACCGUAUGAAAGUCUAGACAGAUUUCGUCCAGAUAACCAGAUGAUCCUUGCAAAUGCUUCUGCUAUAGGGAUGGAACCAAAUUCAGAUCAAAGUCCUGUUUCAAAGGAUGCCUUAAAAGCAUACGAAUUGGUAUUCGAUGCUGUUUACACGCCCCGGAAUACAAGGCUCUUGCAAGAAGCUAAAGAGGUUGGGGCUGUCGUGGUCAGUGGUGUGGAAAUGUUUAUCAGACAAGCUCUUGGGCAGUUCAGACUGUUCACUGGCGGCUUAGCUCCGGAGGCUUUCAUGCGCAAGCUUGUCUUGGAGCAAUUCUGA